ACCCUGUGUGACCGGCCGCCCGUUACGCCUUCACUGAGGUCAUUUUAACGAGGAACUUUGAUCAUCCAGUAACAAACACAGAGGCGUUGCUUCCUCUCUGCAUGAGCAAUGAGAGGGUGUGUGUUUCCUCCUAUUUGCAGCAUUUAUACCCAGAAGUGUUUACCUUGUAAGUCAGAGAUCUACCGCUCUGUGACCAGAACGUAUAAGACCAGCGAGUGGUUGACUUUUACCAGAUCUUUACUGUACAAAGACACGUUGAUCACCUUGGACUCAGGAUGGCUUUCUCCAUUAGAUUUGGACUGCUUUGCAUGUGCUCUAUCAUGCUGCUUUUUCUCCCUGCACAAGGGCGAUUUCAGUGUACCACAAAUGAGUCCCAAGAAGUUGGACACAUACCCACAUGCUGUACGAACACCUCAAAAGCCCGCAUCAACUAUGCUGUCAUCAGCUGCUUUCAUCAGAAAGAAAUCACAUUCGCAAAUUGUACAAUAGAGGCGUACAUCUUUACAACGGACCAGAAUAAGCAAUACUGUGUGGAUCCAACUGCUGACUGGCUCCAACAGAGACUUGAGAGGUUAAGACAGAAAGGAAUAAUGUGUACAGAGCUUGAACAAAGCUUUCAAUAACCAAGAUGAGGAUGAUGCAACAUGACCUUCUGAGCAGAAUGGUGGCGCUAAUUUCUGUUAAACUUUUCUAACUUUGAUCAAAUGUUUUACUUUCUCUAUUUUUCAAUACAUAUUUACCAAUGGCUUUGCAAAAAUUGUACUACCUUAUAAGCAAAUUAAAAAAGAUGUGAAAAAAUU